UUGGAUUUUCUACAAUAAUUUUCAUUUCAGCUCAAUUUCUUUUGCAAUUUUUUUAUCAGUCACAUUUUCAUUAUAAGCAUUUAUGAAAAUCGACUGAAUUCCUGAAGUAAAGAGGAAUAAAUCUUCGAGUGUAAGAUUUUUGAACCUCUAAACAAAAUUUAUAAUUACGUCUUCUAUCAUUUUAUAUCAAAACUAUAAGAAAAAAGGUUGACUUCAAAAUCUGCAGAAAAUGCCAAGAUCUAACAAAACAAAAAAGAAAAACACAUCAAAGACAGCUCAAACACCUGACAAACCCCAAAUAUCAUCUCAGAAUGUAGAAACAGAUUUGGAACUUAAGAAGCUUAAGAGAGUUAUAUAUCUCACUGAACUUACGCCCAGAUUUAUAGCUGGAAAUCCAGAACUCUAUUUCUUGAAGAAUUUUGCAGUAAAUCUCACUUUCAUUGGAAAUCUUCUAACGAAGGCAGAGAAUAUUCCAACAUUUCUGGAUAUUUUGAAAAAAGCAAACAAUGAUGUAAAUUUACCAAGACGUGUUACUUUAUUUUACGUUCUAGCAUAUGCUUUGAGAAACCAUAUUCCUGAAAAUAAGUCAACAAAUCAGCUUGCUGAUUGUGUGCUAGAUAUCUGCAAAACUAAUGAAGAAUUCUUCAAGUUCAUCAGUAUUUUCGCAAUGAUGAAAGGUAAAGAACGAGACCUGAAGCCUGAAGAGACCUAUAAUAAAAUAACAACUUCCAUUGGCAGAAUUAUUCGAAAAUUUUUAGAGAAAAAAACACCUUCUGAAUAUGCCAAUGAAGUUGGCUCAGCCAAUGGAUAUUAUGGUUGGCAGUAUAAAGAUCUAAUAAAGAUGUCUCAUUAUAAGAGUGAAACAGCUGAAAAGUUAAUAGUUACCGAUUAUGUGUUACAUGGAUUUAAAGGUAUGAAAAAACCUGAAGUUGGAAACACAGAUAUUUAUGAAACUUUAAAAAAAUGGAAUUCUUUACAAGAUCCUGAAAUAAGCAUCGAAAAACUUUGUGAUCUUAUCAAAGAAUUGAAUGCUAGCUACAGGAAUAUGAAUCCAAAGCAUAUUAAAGUGCAGGAGGUAUGGGGUACUAUAAUACCCCAAUUAUCAAUUGAAGAAUUACUUCAUCUACUACCAAAAUUUCUUAAGUAUAAUAUGUUCGAACCUAUGGAAACCUCCAUAGUUUAUGCAAAGGUAAAAGAAAUGCUUACUGUUGCUAACAUAGGAUUCCGCAAGGUGAAUGCUUUAGAGCUAUUCAUUCAUUGGAGGAAUUUACUGAAGGGAGGCAAACCAAUCGACCCCAAGUUGGAGUAUUAUCUCAAGACUAACAAACUUCCAAUCAAAACUCCUUCUCCAAUUCCUGAAGAUAAUGAGAUAUCAAAAGUUUUGCAACAAUGCAUGCAUUAUUCUUAUCCUUUGGAUCCUACGGUAUUGGGUUCAGACUCGAAUGUCGUGCUGGUGUUAGACAUUGCCGAGUACGGUGGAAAUUGUUUCAAACAGAGGAAUAUAACCUGUUUAGAAGCAGAAGUGGCUUUAGCGACUUACUUCUGCCGGACAGAGAGAAGUAUGGAAGUGAAAGUAUUUAACGAACAUCAAUUAGAAGAUUUGGAUUUAAAUAACGGUCCAGAUGCUUACAGCCAAAAUUUGAAGAAGCUCAAAGAAAUUAAACCGUCGAAAAUAAAACCUGCCGAUGUGUUCGAUUGGGCCAUAGCUCAAGAGAGAGAAGUUGAUGUUUUUAUUUUUGUGCUCCAAAGUGUGAAAUCUCUGCCUAUCAAUCCGAAGGAUUUCAGAAAGAUGUUCAAAGAGGCUUUUCAGGAUUAUCUGAAAAGAACAGACGAGGAAGUGAAAAUUAUCGUGAUCUGCCUGGGUUCCCAUAGUUUGGCACCGUUUGGUGAGAGCAUGAAUUGUUUAACAAUAUGCGGAUUUUGCCCAGAACUUCCCAAGGUGAUUCGCUCCUUUGUGAAGGGUGAUAUCGGCCCCAUAAAAAACAAGCGUAAGCCGAAGAAGGAUUAAUAAAAUUUACCUUAUACGUCUGAACGGACAAGUAUAGCAUAGAAUAUAUAUAUAACCCAGUUGUUGAAUAUUUUGGAAUAAUAGACGAUGCACUUAUUUCUAUAUUCCACAUUUUUCAAGGAUGGAUAAAUUCAGGCUCUCGACUGGAAAUUAUGUAGAGGUUACCACAACUUGAAAACUGAAGUUACUGUCUACAUAAUUUUUAAUUAAUGUGUGAUGCAAGUUUCAACAACGAAGAUGUCAUCAUCAGAAACUACAGGUAACUAAACCAGAAAAACAUAGUCCAAAUGUACCCUACUGUUUUCUAACCUAACCUAACCAUUAUGUAUGUUUUUAUGAUUCAGUUAGUACCCUGCAGUUUCGAUAAUGAUAACUUUGUUGUUGUUGCGUAAAACACUAUUUAAAAAUUUUGUACGCAAGAGUGUAGUUCAUUUAUUUCGUAUGUUACCACAAAUUUUAAAUGUAUUGGUAUCAUGAAAAUUCAUAUUUUUUCACGCUUUAAUUUAUCCAUCCUUUUAUAUUUAAUUUUUAUAGAUAGUAUAUAAACUAAUGGUUUUUUCAUAGCACAAUCGCUGCCUAACUAAACUUUUUGUGAUAAAUAAUAAUUGUCUAACUCAACAGAUGUGAUAAUUCUUCGAAAUAUUGUUGAAUCUUAAUUCCAAGGACUGUUUUUUUUUUUUUUUUUUUUGAAUCUUAACUACUGUGAUGUUUUCAUUUGUAAACAAUGGCAGGGACAGCGAUUGUAAGACUUUUGGACGGCAAGAAUGAUUUUUUUAAUUAGAUUAUUUAUUCUGUUUUUGUUACAUUGAAAUUUUUGGCUUCACCGAUUGGUAUUUAAUAUUUUAGUUAUUAUUAAAGCUGGAUUUUGUUGAUUCAUAAUUAUUUAAUUAGUUAGAAAUAGCUUUUCUACAGAAAUUUAUGAAAGCUGAUAAUUUUUUAUUAACAUCAUAUAUUUUUAUAACACAUUUGUACAAUCGAAAUACAAAAUGAAUGUUUGACAA